AUGCUGGGCUGUCUCCUCUUCGCUCAGACUGUGGUUACAAUCUGUGCCUACAUAGACCGUACACCGUUUGACAGCACGGUGAAAGAAAUGCUGAAAGAGUCACUGCUCGAAUGGACGGGUAUUGAUGGAGAGGAUGGUAAUAGUCUGGGCUGGAACGCCAUCAUGUCUUACUUCCGCUGUUGUGGUGUGGACAACUUCUCGGAUGCUGCAGCCUCCCCAGUGUGGGCAAAGACCAUCGACUUUGUUGACCAGUCUGCAAAUUUGGUCACCCCCUUCAUUUGCUGCACAGUCAAAAGUGAUGCACCAAACUGUGCAACAAGCACUGGUAACGCCUAUUUAACCCAGACCUACUUUAACAGGGGAUGCUAUCAACCUAUGUGGGACUACAUCACGUCACACACCGGCCUGAUUAUCACUGUCGUCUUUCUAAUCUUUUUGUUUGAGUUCCUGUGCUUGUUCUUCGCUGUCUGGAACAUCUGCGGUUGGAAGAGCAAAGAGGGUACGAGCCAAGUCAAUGCCGCCUACCACACUGACGACUACCACAACGCCGAUUACCGUAAUGAUCCCUACCGCAACGCUGGUCCCCGCUCUUCCGACUUCCGAAAUACUGACUAUCGCACAAAGGACCACCGCAUUGAUGAUUACCGCAAAGCCGACUACCGCAGUGCUGACAACCGUCACGACAAUUAUCGCAAUGGAGACUACCGUACUGAGGACUACCGCAACGCCGAUUACCGACAGAAGGACCAUGGACGCUACCCGAACUGAACUACAACAACAGUCCACUAAACAUUUAAAACUUCAAUGAAAGAAAUUCAUUGAAACUUGUAGUUCGAGUGCGUGGUCAUUUGAGAAGAUAAAAUGUGUGCCAUGCUGAUGUGAUGUAUAAUUACUAUAC